AUGGGAAAGCCGUCUACCUUACGCAGAAGGUUGCCUCAACUGUUCGCGGCUCUCUCAGCGACGCUGGGCGGCUUUUCGCUGGGCGCGGUGCUGGGUUGGACGUCGCCCGCGUCGGAGCCGCUGCGGCGGCAGCUGGGCCUGUCCGACGAGACGGUGUCGUGGCUGGCGGGCGUGACGCCGCUGGGCGCCCUGGCGGCCAUGUUGGCGGCGGCCGUGCUGCUGGACCGCGUGGGCCGGCGGCGCGCGCUGCUGGCCACGGCGCCGCCCUUCGUCGCCGGCUGGCUGCUGCUCGCCUUCUGCCGGCACCCCGCAGCACUGCUCGUCGGCCGCUUCGUCACCGGCUUCUGCGGCGGCGCCUUCUCCACCGCCGCGCCCGUCUACAUCGGGGAGAUCGCCGAGAACGACAUCCGCGGCGCUCUCGGACUGUUGCUGUCCGCAGGUAUCCUGUACGUGUACGUGGUGGGCAAGUGGGCCCCGCUGGUGUGGCUGUCUGUGGUGUGCGCCAUCCCGCCCAUCCUCUUCUUCGUGCUGUUCUUCUUCGUGCCGGAGUCACCCAUCUUCCUGCUGUCCAAGGACAGGCGGGAGGAGGCCAUCCGAGCUCUGCACUGGUUCCGUGGUGGCGAUGAGGCUGACAUCACCGACGACCUGGCCGAGAUGGAGCAGUCUGUGACGGAGACUAAGGAGCGCACUGGCUCUCUGCGGGACAUGUUCACGUCUCGCGCGGCGGUGCGAGGCCUGGCAAUCGGCGUGGGCCUGCAGCUGGCGCAGCAGCUGUCCGGCGUCAACAUCAUCAUCUUCUUCUCCGUGCCCAUCUUUGUGGCCGCCGGCACCUCCAUGGACCCCAGCGACUGCGCCAUUGUUGUCGGCGUCGUCCAGGUGGCGUCGACGCUGCUGUCGACCCUGCUGGUGGAGCGCGCGGGCCGCCGGGUGUGGCUGGUGCUGUCGCUGUCGGGCAUGGGCGCAUGCAUGGUGGUGCUGGGCGUCUACUUCCACCUCAAGCAGCACAACGCCUCGGCCGUGGCCGGCGUCGGCUGGCUGCCGCUGCUCGCCAUGUGCGCCUACCUGCUCACCUACUCGCUGGGCACCGGCCCGCUGCCCUGGGCCAUGAUCGGCGAGCUCUUCCCCGGCGAGAUCAAGGGCAUCGCCAGCUCCAUCUGCGGCGGCGCCAACUGGAUCCUCUGCUUCAUCGUCUCCAAGACGUUCACCAACCUGGUGGACGCUUUCGGCACUGCCAUCACCUUCUGGGUGUACGCGGGCAUCUGUUUUGUGGCUGCCACCUGGAUCUUCUUCUUCGUCAUAGAGACCAGAAACAAGCCACUUGCACAGAUACAGAAGGAACUUGCGGGGAAGUCAUGA